UCUCUCUCUCUCUCUCUCUUUAUCUAUAUAUCUAUCUAUCUAUCUCUUUACAGCCAUGACAAAACCGGUCAAAAAGGGAUACCUCAUCAGAUACAAAAAGCGAUUCAUAGGGUCGAACUGGCGCGAGGACUGGGUGGUGCUGCACGAGGACUCAGCGCUAGAGUGGUACAAAGAACAUGACGAGACCGACCUCCUGGGGGCCAUCAUGCUCAAGGAGGCCCCGGAGAUGAUAGCGGCGGGGCCCUUCGCUUCGUACGUGCCAGGGCGGCCUGAUCUACCCAAAGGACAGGACCCCAACACGCUGGCAGUCUUUGGCAACAAGACCAAGGACAAGAUGCACUGGUUCCUCGCCAAGAACAUGGACGACCUCAACCAGUGGAUGACAGCCAUUAGCAACACGCUGCCCCCGCCCCCCCAACCGCCGCCACCCCCUGAAGGGGAAAAGAAAGGGGACCCGCCCCCCUAUUCUCCUUCGGCUCCUCCCCAACCGCCUCAGAACAUAUCUGGUGGCGGCGGAGGAGGAGGAGGAUACGUUGGAGCUGGAAGAGGAGGCGGAGGCUACCCACGAGGAGGCUACAGAGGAGGUUAUGGUGGUGGUGGAGGUUAUGGUGGCGGUGGAGGUUAUGGUGGUGGUGGAGGUUAUGGUGGUGGUGGUGGUUACGGCGGCGGCGGCGGCGGUACCAACACUAUCAUUAUGGACCGAGGAAACAACGGUAUGGGGGACUUCGCUGGGGGCAUGAUGAUGGGCGCGGCCAUGACGGGCUGGGGCAUGGGCGGCUGGGGCAUGGGAUUCGGCUUUGGUGUCCCCGUCGGCAUGGGCCUCGGCGGCUAUGGUUUCCGCGGUGGAGGAUACCAUAACACGGAAACCAACGUCACCAACAACUACUACAACAACGACCCGGCGGAGAGUGGCGGAGGUGCUGGCGGAGACGGCGGCGGUAAUGGCGGUGAAGGUGGUGGUGGUGGUGGUGACGCCGCGAACACAGACGCCCAACCCAUAGCUCCUGACGCUGGUGGUGGCCUUGAACCCGACGCGGAGAUGAUACCCGACGGCGGAGGCAUGGACGGGAUUGACCCAGGGUUGUUGGACGAGGGCGGACCGGAUUUGUCGGGGAUGGAAAUGGCCGAACCCUUUGAGAUGGGCGGCAUGAACGAUGUGGGCGGGGAGUUCGACAUGGGAGAGAUGGACAUGGGUGGUGGGUUUGACAUGGAUGAUGGGCUUGACAUGGGCGGGUUCGAUAUGGGUGGUUUUGAUAUGGGGUUUUGAAUUGCGUGUGUUGUGGUUUGUUGUUGUCUUGGUGGUUAGUCGUUUUUCCUAUACACACACACACACACACACCGUCACCCAAAGUCAUCAUUAUCACUUGACUACGUUUUCGAUACCCAAUAUACUCCUAAACAACAACAGCAACACUAAUAAAAAACAACAAACUUUCAUACACAAGUUUAUAAAUCGGUCAAGAAAACGCUAAAACUGAACUCAAUUUUGCUAUUUUCUACUCAGAGAGAGAGGAGAGAGAGAGAGAGAGGGGGGGGGGGGUCAAUAACUGCCUUUAUUUCUUGUAUAUAUAUCGCCUCCGACCCCUCAACUUCCUUCAACGAAAUAAGUGAGUCAUACCCUAAUAUUGGAGUCUUUUAAACUUUUCCUCACAAAUAAAGCCACGCGAAUAUACAGCGCAAACAUGCCUUUACUGAACACAGCUACAUACGUCACAGGAAAACGUUCAAAGUUUAUAACGAAGUGUACACAUGUGUCCUUUCCCGUUGCACGUUAUAGCUAGUAAUCUUAAUAAUUAUUCGAAGUACUUAAUUAUGAAUAACCUUAUCGCCAAAAUAAUACCUACUUUCAUUUCGCGCGCGCGUGUUGGUUGUAGGCCAUGAACAUAGAUAGGCUACAUUAGUCAUGAGAGAGAGAGAGAGAGAGAGAGAUUUUAUUAGAGAAAAUCUAAAGCUAACUCUUUGCCAGCCUACAUUCAUACCUAAGUACGAUAUUGGUUAGCAUGACUGCUCGUCUGUUUCAAUCCCUCUCGCCCUACCGAGGCAAGAACGUCCCCAGGGAGUUUACAGUUAGUACAAUACCUAUACGGAAUAAAUGCCUUGCCAAGAUGACGUCCUAUCUAUAAAUAUGAUAAAAAUGAUGUUACGUGUACUUCCCUACGUGCCUGGAGGCACUGUGUGUAAUCAGAGCGUAGAAUACUAUUCUAUGGCUCUGUGUGUAACUAUUAUCUUUAACGCCAUGCAGAAACAUAACAGGAGUCAGUAACAUUCUAUUACAUAAC